AUGGAGAACCUCGACAAGCCGGCCUUCGGCCCGUACCCGCCGCCCAAGCAGUUUGUGCUGUGUUUCGAUGGCACUGGGAACAAAUUCGCGGGAGAUGCCUCUGAUACGAAUAUCGUGAAGAUCUAUCGCAUGCUAGAUAGGUCCCAGGGUUACCAGUACCAUUACUACCAGCCCGGGAUCGGGACAUACGUGACAUCGCACUCGCUUGGGAGCAAGGGUCGCAUCGAGCGAAUCAGAUCCUCGUACAAGAAGGCCAAGGAUGCCGCCCUGGGUUCGUCGUUUGAUGAGCAUGUGUUAGGGGGAUACAAGUUCCUGAUGCGGUACUAUGCGCCGGGGGACGACAUCUACUUCUUCGGAUUCAGCCGAGGGUCUUACACCGCUAGGUUCUUGGCGGAGAUGCUGGAUUUUAUUGGCCUGCUGCAGCCCGGCAACGAAGAGCUGGUUCGCUUUGCGUGGAAGACGUUUGCCAAGUGGCAGCAGCGGAAGGACUCCACAGAUCACGACCAUGUGGAGAAGCACAAGCUGUUCCAGUUUAUGAAGGCGUUUCGGGAGACUUUCAGCCGACCGGUCAGUCGGGUCAAGUUCAUGGGCCUGUUUGAUACGGUCAACAGUGUGCCUAUGUUUGAGAAUGCUUGGAUGGAAAGAAAUAAGUUUCCCUACACAGCGCACAGCACGGCCCGCGUCAUCCGACAUGCAGUUUCCAUUGACGAGCGUCGCGCGAAGUUUAGACAAGAUCUCAUCUCAGAGGCUCCCCCCCGACACCAAUUGCGCACUGCCCGAAAGCUGAAGAAUCUCAUCCCCGGCGUUGGCGGUGACGAGCAGGAUCAAGAAAAGGACCAGAAGCACGACAAUGAGCGCUAUCGUGCAUACUCGCCGUCUCCACGCCGACCGAGUAUUAACGGCCCACAUCCCAAUGGCCUCGUGACCGACCAGCGCUCUCUCAAAAGUGCCGUCUCCGGGACCUCGCUUCAGAUCCCUCUCUUGCGAGCCCCAGGGCCCGACGAAGAUGAGGAAGAGCAGGAUAUCGCCGAGGUCUGGUUUCCCGGCCAGCACGGUGAUGUCGGCGGAGGCUGGAAGCUCAAUCCCGAGGAUAAAUGGCCCCUGAGUCACAUCCCCCUCGUUUGGAUGAUUCGAGAAGCACAGCAUGCUGGUCUCGAUUUUGAUCCCGAGAAGCUGAAACGCUUCAACUGCUACGAAGAUCCCACGCUCGAAAACCUGGGCCUGACAGAGCAGCCUGGCAUGAACGGAGCUACAACGCCCCCUGGCGAGCUCUGCCGCGAUGACCCCUUCCACGACACGUUGAAAAAGACCAUGGAUCACGGAAUCGUGCAUGAUUGUCUCACUUACCGCGGCGGGCUCUCUGUGUUUUCUACGCUCGCGUGGCGUCUCAUGGAAUAUCUACCUUUUCGCCGAAUGGAUCUUCAGAGUGAUGGGUCGUGGAAGCCGAUCCGGUGGCCUUUGCCAUGUGGAGAGCCUCGCGAUAUCCCUGACAACGCACAGAUCCAUAUCUGUGCCAUUCAUCGUAUGCAGGUGGACACGAGUUACCGACCUGGAAACUUGAUUAUUGGCGGCGGUGGGAGAGGUGUGAAGCGGGCUUCGGAUAAAUAUGGUAUCGGGCAGUGGGAGGUUUGCAAACAUGAAGGUGAUCUAGUGCGGCAGACCUAUACUCGCAAGAAGACCGAGACGGCUUGUGUCGACGACCAUCUUUAA